AUGCCUCGCAACCGCUCCGCCGCCCGACCCGCUCCCUCUCGUCCUACCGUCCCUGCGCGGUCGCCUGCUCCCCAGCAGACACGCCCGGCCGCCACCUAUGCGCCGGCUCACGGCGCUGCUCAGCACCCCCCCGCGGCCGCCGCUCCCCAGGCCUCGCAAGGUCCCGGCCUCUUCGGCCAGAUGGCCAGCACUGCUGCCGGCGUCGCGGUAGGCUCCACCAUCGGCCACGCCCUCGGCGGGCUCUUCACCGGCGGCGGCUCCGCGCCGGCCGACGCCGCCCCCCAGCAGUCGGAGGCCGCGACGGCGAACUACAGCCAGCAGCAGAGCAACAAUUGCCAGGGUGCCGCCCUGAACUUCACGAAGUGCAUGGAUGACAACCAGGGCAACAUGCAGAUCUGCAACUGGUACCUCGAGCAGCUCAAGGCCUGCCAAGCCGCCGCCAGCCCGUACUAA